CACCAUAGAGAUUCCCACAUAACAAUUUUCAAAUCACAAUCUUUCUCUCUCUAAACUUCCAUCAAUGGCGCUGAGGAACAUCGAAAACGCUCUUCCGAUCUUGCAAGAACGACCUAAGAAGCUUCCAAAACUAUCAAAGAACCCUGAGAUUUGUCUGAACGACGAAAACAACAACAUCGUACCUCCGCCUGAAUCAACCAUCGACUACGUCGCUUCCGAAAACCUCAAACCGUUUCCAGAUCCAGAGUCCUCUGUUCAGAGGUUACUUGAAGAAUUAGCAUCAAAGGAUUGGAUCAAAGUGUGUGAAUCACUCAACAACACAAGGAGAUUCGCUGUUCAUCACUCGUUUCUGUUGCUACCCAUUCUAGAGAAGCUUAUGGUUGUGAUGGUGAAAGCGAUGAAGAACCCUAGAAGCGCCUUGUGCAAGACUUCGAUUAUGGCUUGUUCUGAUAUCUUCAUUGCCUUUGGAGAAAAGUUAACUCUUUUGAAAACUAUGGACGAUCUGUUAUUACAGCUGCUAAUGAAAGCUUCACAAGACAAGAAGUUUGUUUGUGAAGAAGCAGACAAAGCGCUGAACACGAUGGUGAACUCGGUGUCUCGUUUGUCUCUUCUGCGUAAGCUCAAGACUUAUGUCCGACACAGUAACCCUCGCGUCAGGGCCAAGGCUGCCGUGUCUACUUCAAACUGUGUGUCUAAAAUGGAGGUGAAUGAAAUGGAAGAGUUCGGGAUGGUUGUGAUUGCGCAAAUGGCUGCGGAUUUGUUGAAUGAUAAGUUACCAGAGGCAAGGGAAGCUGCGAGGAGUAUGGUGAACUCUGUUUACGAGAAAUUCACAUGGAAUGAAGAGGAAGAAGGAAACAAGCAAGAAGCAUGGCAGAGGUUUUGUGAGAAGAAUCUAACAGGGCUCAAUGCACAAGCCAUGAUCAAGAUCGUCUCAUCUCAAUAAAGUUUUCUGAAGAAGAAACAUCUUGUCUCUACGAUUGAUUCAUUAUGAUGUCACAUGAUUGUAAUAACAAUCUAUUCAGUUUCUUCCAUUCCUAUUAUAAUCCUCCGUUGUUGAUCUGAAUGCCUCUUCUUUAAUGCAAUAGUAUUGCUUUUAUUUUGUGAAUGUCUUCUAUUAUGCGCCUUGCUUCAAAAGCUUUGAAAUAUUUGGUU